AUGAACUUAACAUCGAUGGAUCGAUGGAGGUUAGCAUGUUUUAGCCAUGUUUUUAAAGUAGGAAUUACUUUGAAUGAAUAAUAAAACAAUUAUUGAAUUCGGCUUUCGUAUCAUAUGAAGAAUUAUGGAGAUCUCGGAGGGUGUUAUCCGCCUCGGCCUACGGCCUCGACGGAUAACACCCUCCGAGAUCUCCAUAAUUCUUCAUAAUAUACUCAGCCUCAUUCAUUAAUUGUUAAUUAUAUAGCGCCAAUAUCAAUAUUGCUAUUUUCCGAUAUCAAUAUUGCUAUUUUCAACCAAGCUUGAUUUGCUUUAUUAAAGACGUUCAUACACUCCCAUAAUUCCCUCGAAAACCAUACCCCAUCCCAGACUAAAAUGAGCAAAGUCUAUACCCGGCCGUUUUCAAACCAAAACGGCCCAAAAACCCUACGCUUUGGGGCAGCACAUAUCUGGCUUAUAUAAGGGACCCCCCCCGAUAACUGUAGGCCCAUGUGGGUUAAUGUUGUCUAAUUCUAUGGUGGAUAAGGUGACUCCGCUGUUUUUUAUUAAAACAAUCAAUAAGGGCUGCAGAGCUGCUAGCUAGGAAAUGCAGUGCUCUUCCGAUUAAAUUGUAUUUAUUCGAGAGAGCGCCUUUUGAUUUUCCGACUUUAUUAGAGGGCGGCGCUCUUUCAAGAAACUACGGUUUUCAUUUCAUAUGAGGGCCUUAUUACUCUUGUGGUUCACCUGCAUUACAUUUGAAAACUUUUACAUUUGUGGUCAAUUAUCACAUUUCUGGCUUCAACGGUCUUACUAUCCGUUUUACUGCUUUCCGAGCGGGUACAUAUAAUUCCUUUUUUUACGCUGCACCACACGAUUCAAAUAACCUUCGCUGCCUUCGGCUGGUGAUCAGUUUUGUAACCGUGCGUUUGUCGAGGUAUAUCAAUUGUUCAUUAAGUUUUUCUUUGUUGUAAGGUCGACAUUGCUCCAUACCAAAUGUCCGUUUUGUCCGCGACGUGCGAAAGAUUGUCAUAUUCUUUGUCUAUACUUAUUUUUUUAUGUCUCCAAAUCCAAUCGUUUAUUGCAUCUGAUUGAAUAUGAGGACGGUCACUUACUAAAACAUGCAGAGAAAACAAAUCUUGCUUGAAUCGAUGCAGUGCCUCAAAAAUAAUAUCAUUAUAUAAAUAUCUAUUUACUAGGAAGCGUGAAAACAAAGCCUACUUCCUGAAUGUGGAGUCUAAACUAAUUCCUGUGUACUGUCACAUGAAAGCUGCUGAGCUUGGAGCAUGCGGAGGAGGUGGAUGGACGCUGGUCAUGAAGACCGAUGGCGAAAAGGUAGCAGCAGCGAUGCAACAAUUUUUGCCCUCGCAGGGAUUUCGCCCAGGAGGCGAAAUCCCGAGGAGGCACUCUAGUAACUCGCGCGUAUAUUAAGGAAAGUACUUACAGUUGGAAUAUACAGUCAGUAUGCCAGAAAAAAUUUCGACUUCAGUGCUUGAACAGGGCCCGCGAGGAAUCGGUACGUAAUGAUGACGUUUCUAUUGUUUGCGCCCGCAAGUACUAAAUGGUUAGGAUGACGUAAAGACAAAAAAUCGCGAGGGGACCGGUUAGGUAGAUUUUGUGACAUUUACUGUGCAGUCAUACUUCGAUACUCUUUUGCGUUACGUGUUAUCAGUGACAUUCUGUGGAGCAGUUGUUUUGAAAGUUAUGGACCAAAAGACACUCGUUAAGCGCAGAUGAAGUUCUAAGGUGCGUAUAACUGUGUAUAUAAAUGGAGAGUUUGCCAGACACGAGUUCACAAUUUUUUGAUUGGAAACCUUGCCAAAAACUCUUUCUCUCUCUUUGUCAAGACUCAGCCCCAAACAAGCAAGACGAGUGAACAACGGCUAGCUUAUCACUAGCAGAACGAUGGAUGAUUACAGAAAUUCGCCGACAAUCGAAUUCUGUGCUGACUUAUUCCCUGCUCACAGAUGUCCUUCCGCUAUAAAGUUUAAAAUAAGACUAGAAUGCCCGAGCGUGAAUUGAUCAAACGUCCUUUUAAUUUCUAAGGCUUACUUUCCGGCAAAUAAAAUGAACUGAAUGUAAAACGUGAAAGAGAAAGAGCGAAAAAUUCUACUUCUAAUUAAAUCUUUUCUUAUGGUUUAGAAUAAACUAUUCUCGAAACUGAGAAUGUUUUGAUCAAAGUUGUGUAGAUCGAACUGAAACUGUGCAUGGAACCUUGCGUUUCCUGUAUUUAUCUCACCUAUUGUAUGGAGUAUGUGUUAAAAUCUUCAUUAUGAAUCGGUAUAUUUCAAAGAGCUACACAACGAGCAAGAAUACAGUACUAUUGACCGACAAUAUACAGAAAGGGGGCAGCUGUAGUGUCAACUGUUAGUAGUAGUAUUCAUUGAUAAUAUGUUUCCCGCGUUCAUGAUUGGCUCCAAUCCCCCGACGAAUUCUUCAUAAUCAACCGCCGUUUACCAUAUUUGGAAGAUGUAGGACUGAAUAUACAUGAUCGAUUCUAUGGUAUAUUGCCUAUUAUUAAAAACUGACUCAUUGGAUAAUGCAAUUCUAGUGCUCUGAUUGGCUUAGCCAUCAUGGUAUAUGAGCCAUUAUACCAUGCUCUCCAAAUAUGGUAACUGUACGCGUCUGCUCAAAAUUAAAAACAAGCUGAAAAUCGGUUGUCUUUACAAAUAAAGUUGGGAAGAAUUUUCGAUACUGUUUUGCGGGCGUUUUUGAUAAAACAAUUAUUCUACUCGCCCUUGUUGGAUAUGAGAUGAUUAUAGCCAUCUCGGCGCUACGCGGCCUCGUUGGCUAACCCACUAUUUCAUACCCAACGCGCACUCGUGGAAUAAUUGUUAAAUGACUCAUCGAUCAACCUCGAGCAGUUUACUUUAAACUAUUUUUUUGCUAAAAUUGCGACCGAGAAUUGCUAGCAAAUCAGUUUUGCGUCAGAUUGCAAUCCUGGACUGAUAAGUGAACAGCGGAGCUGGUUUUAGGAACGUAACUAAACAGCUUUUAAGCAAUUAGCUGAAAGGAAGCGAACAUACCGUCAGCUUUUGGCUGGGGGUACAGGUAUUGAAAUAUCAAAUUUGGAAAUUGCCAAUCCAUACUGGACCGCACGGUAUGGGAGUCUGUUGUGUAAACCAUUCCGGCUCAUGUUUAAAAUUUGCUGUUAGGUAAAUUUGAAGCUUUGGUAUGAAUGGGGCCUGAAGGGCGUGAUUUCAAUCCAGUGCAACCCUUGGGGCAAGUUUUUUUAAUAGCGCACGAACAAAACGUUUAUUUUCUGAAAGGUUGAUAGUUUCAGAUGAAUUGUUAGUUUUACAAUGAAGGAGCAGAAUUUUUGUACAGAAAUUGAUUUUAUUUAAUUUUUACCCUUUUUGGCAUAUUUCCUACCAUAAUAAUGUUGCGCAAAAGUGGGAGAUCCGAGAUAGCCCGUGAGGAGAAUCUUGUGUACCGCUCGCAAAAAUGUUACCGCGAAGGUUUCUUACAAGAAUAGGGCUUUACUGACAAACCAUGAGGCUAAUUUGGCUCGAUUUUGGCUGAGUUCCUUUUUAUUUGCGUUUUUAUGAACCGAGACCGAGUUGAGGUCCAUAAAAUCGCGAAAAAGAACAAGCUCAGUAUCCAGUCAUCUUGACUGAAGAUUUGGUAAAUCGAGGAUUUAUUACAUAAUUACAUGGCCAAAAAGGAAAUUGUUUCUCGCACAGAGCAGAGGAUUCGCUUCCUCUUGAUGGGUCGUUAAACAGCCAGUUUUAUAAUGUAGCCUCUUCACACUGGCUCACUAUUACACCCAGAUGGCGGCCAUUGACCAUCAUCACAGCGAAAUGUUUAGAGCAAUCUCACCAUGUCACGUCAUUUACCUGGCUGGGGUAUUUAUUACAUUAUUUUAAUUCUUACCAGGUGUUUGAUUGUCUUAGCCUUGAUAUUCUCAAGACUACUUGGGGAGGGGGAGGAGGUUGGAUGUAGUUGACCCCCAGGGCCCAGAAGGCCAAAUUGGAUAGUCUUACAAACUAUUGGAGCAGAAUGUGACUGCUGUGAUGUCAAGUGAAAACAGUUUGUUAAUUGACGAUAUAUCAUUCUUUAUCUGUUUAGAACACCUUUGGCUACUAUUCCAAUUUGUGGACCAACAAGAAGGACCAUAAUUCCUCUGCGGGAAAGACACUGCUUGAUCAUCAAGAAACAAAGUUACCCACCUACUGGAGCACACCAUUCGCUAAAAUCUGCCUCGCUAUGAAGAUCGGCCAUCAAGUUAAUUCGAUCGUCAUCAACAAACAAGCCAACUCCUUACACUCCCUGAUCGCUGACGGAAACUACCGUUCGACGUCACUGGGUCGUCACACCUGGAAGAAGCUGAUUGGCCAACAGGCAUCGCUGCAGAGAAAUUGUAACCAAGAAGGUUUCAAUUCUCAGCAGGGGCGAAUCAAUAGCAGAGCAAGAAUAGGUAUCAUAAGUAACGAGCAAAACGACUGUAAUACCCCUGACUCAACAAUUGGGUUUGGUAUUGGUGAUGAUCCUCAUGAUGACAGCACCUGUGGAAACCUGGCUGAUCCUUUGUAUCAACCAGACAAUGGCAAGAAAGACAUUAAAGCGAUGGGCUACAUCCUGGUGCAAUGA